CCCGGUUGUCUCUCAGGCCACCUCAACAUCCCAUUUAUUAUCCCGGUUCCAGACUUACCAACCCCGGUCUCUGGGGCAGCCCUUUCUCCGGAGCGGCGCGCUUAGAGCUGAUGAUACCCUGCGAUGCAUACUGGCCGGUUAAAGUCGGAGGACGUAAUACAGCCUGACUUAUACUUCUCCCCACCUGCUAGCAAUUUGGCUGUUGGCGCUGGGCCUAUCUGGGAAUCGGUAUCCCUCAACAUUGUUCGAGUGAGGGUUGUGCGCAGCCCAAAGCUUGUUCCUAGCAGUAUCCAAUGGUAUGUAGAGGGGCACCAACAGGAGGCAUCGGGCUCUGGCAUUGGCCAAUUCACCUGGUGAGGUUGCAUAACAUAAGUGGUUAGUUAGAGGAAGCUCCUACGUCUUCCAAUGUCCGUCAACCAAGUGUGGGUGAGGUGGAACGUUUGCCACCCUAU